AUGAAUACUCACAUCGAAGACGACGAUGCACCUCCAGACUUGGUUGAUGUGACGACAAUGUCAGCAAACCCGGAUUCCGUGAAGGAGGAGGAAUCAACACCCCGGGUCCCUAUUACUUUGGUGACAGGAUACCUGGGCGCAGGAAAAACAACCUUGUUGAAUCAUAUUCUGACAGAAAAGCACGGCAAGAAAAUUGCCGUCAUCAUGAAUGAAUUUGGGGAUUCCUCGGAUAUCGAAAAGCCAUUGACUGUAAACGAAGGUGGCCAAGAAGUCACUGAAUGGAUGGAAGUUGGAAAUGGAUGCAUCUGCUGCUCAGUCAAAGACACGGGCGUCAUGGCUCUCGAGUCUCUCAUGGAGCGCAAAGGAACAUUCGACUAUAUUCUGCUCGAGACCACUGGCCUGGCAGAUCCAGGCAACAUCGCCCCGGUCUUCUGGAUGGAUGAAGGGCUGGGGAGUUCUAUCUAUCUAGAUGGAAUUGUCACACUUGUGGAUGCAAAGAACAUCCUGCGGUUGCUAGAUGAGCCUGCGCCAGAGGAAAAGGCAGACGCUCACAACGAAGGGGAACACGAUCAUGGCUCUGGGCCUAUUUUAUCAAUGGCGCAUAUGCAGGUCUCACACGCCGAUGUGAUCAUACUCAACAAGACCGACCUUGUUACUCCUGAGGAGUUGGAAGUCGUUCGAGAUCGAAUCUCGGCAAUCAACAGCGUUGCAAAGGUCCAUGUGACAGAUCACAGUCGAACCCCCCAGAUCGAAGGUGUGGUGCUGGAUUUGCAUGCUUACGAUCAUUUGGACGAUCUGGAUUUCAGCAGGAAAGGUCACAGCCAUAUGGACCCGGCCAUCUCGACCAUUGCAGUCACGAUUCCCCCCAUUGCAGCUGACCAAGUACCACGAGUCGACAGUUGGUUGCAAUCUGUUCUAUGGGAGUCAGCUUUACCCCAGCCAGCAAUGGGAUCGACAGAGUCACAUCCUCUUCAAUUUGAGAUCCAUCGUCUGAAAGGCAUACUGCGUCUUCAGGAUGGAUCAAGUAGAAUCAUUCAGGCGGUCCGGGAUGUCUUUGAAAUCAGAGAUGCUGAGACCACCAAGGAUGAUGGAAAGCCAUCCCAAGCUCUGUGCAAGAUCGUUUUGAUUGGCAGGGGCUUGGGACCGACCAUUGAUCCAUGGAAAGAAAGUCUCGAGUCUUUUAUUCGCAGAUGA